CUGCCACUCUUCCUGCUGUAAGUGGAAAGUGCUGGACGAGGACAUAAACAUGUUCAACAGCAGACACACCAGCCUUAGCAAAAGAGGAGGAAUAUGGGGAUUGUUCAUCAUCCUACUUUACACCAGCCCUCUUUCCUGUUUUGCAAAUUUCAGCCAAGCAAAAGAGCUCAUCUAUAAGAUAAAGGAGGGAUUACCCAGGGGGACCUUCAUAGGGGCCAUUGGAGUAGACUUAAAUUUGGAUUUCACUGUUGAGCCCCCCUUUUUAUUCAGUCUCCCGCAAAAGAAGGUCAGCGAACAGUAUGUGAACCUCAAUAAUACCACUGGGGAGCUUUACACAUCUGCUACAGAGAUUGACAGGGAGACUCUCUGUCCUGAUAACUCGGAGGGACAGGGAUGUGUCGUCUCACUGGAUGUGUUUGUUCUGCCUCAGCAGUACUUUCAGCUCGUCAAAGUUAAGAUCUUUAUUGAGGAUGUGAAUGACAACAGGCCAAAGUUCCCAGUGGAUGAGAUCUGUAUGUCAGUCCCAGAGAACACACCCAUCAAUGCUCGUUAUGCGGUGGAGCAGUCUGCUGUUGACCCGGACCUGGGUCUUCACGGAGUGCAGACUUACUGGCUUGUUAAUGACUUCAGCAUGUUCACGCUGGAUGUUGAGGAGAACGAGGGGGGUGAGCUGACACCCUUCCUCAUUGUGACAGAGGCUUUGGACAGAGAGACCCAGGCUGAAUACAUUACAGAUAUCAUUGCAGAGGAUGGUGGGAUGCCUCCCCUACUUGGUGCAGCUACUUUAAAAAUUGUCAUCACAGAUGUGAACGAUAACUGCCCCCAAUUCACAGAGUCACAAAUUAAUGUCACUCUGCAUGGGAAUACUACCAAAGGGGCACAUUUGGCACGUCUGCAUGCUUUUGACCCUGACCUUGGUGCUAAUGCUCAGAUCAGCUAUGCUUACAGUGAACGUGUGCCAAGGGACACCAGGAGCUUGUUCCAUUUGGACAGAAUCACAGGGGUGAUCAAGCUAGCAGGGAAAAUAGACACUGGCACAGCCACGUUUUACAAACUCACUAUUCUAGCCAAUGGACCCGGUUGUAUCCCUGCUGUUGCUACUGUUACUGUCAACGUCAUCAAAGUUGUUACAGGACCCCCUGCUGUCAUACCCCGGUACAUUGCACCAGAAAAGGAUGGGGUGGUGACGGUAAAGGAGUCUGAGCCAGCGUUUUCUCCCAUCGCUUUUUUCACAGUCAAAAACAUUGAUACGAACCAAAGGGUGGACUGCCAUUUGGAAGGGGCCGGCCCCUUCAGGCUUGGCCCCUAUCAGCUGUUCAAGAACGAAUAUCUGCUAGAGACUACAGAGCCCUUGGACUAUGAGAAGACACAGGAGUAUGAGCUAAUUGUGGUUGCUAAGAAUACUCGAGAGAUUGUCAUCAAGACCUUCCUCAAGGUGCAGGUGUUGGAUGAGAAUGAUAACGCACCGGUGUUUCAGCAGUCUUUGGUAAAAGUAUCUGUGGAGGAGAACAAUCCACCAAAUACCUUUCUGACCCAGCUCCAAGCCACAGACCAGGACAGCGAAAGCCGUGGGGAAGUCAUCUACCUCCUUGGAGGUGACGCCCCAGGUAUCUUUGCCGUGGAUCGCGUGACAGGGGUCCUGACAGUGACAACAUCGCUAGACCGUGAGGAGAAAGAGACAUACCGGUUCAUUGUGAGAGCGGUGGAUCAGGGGACACCCAGGAGGGAGUCGAUCGCAACUGUGGUGGUGACUGUGCAAGACCGCAAUGACAACAGUCCACGCUUCAUUAAUAAAGACUUCACAUUUUUUGUGCCAGAGAACUUCCCGGGGUACGGUGAGAUCGGGGUCCUCUCUGUGACGGAUGCUGACGCUGGGGAAAAUGGUUGGGUGGCCCUUUCCAUCCUCAACGGCAGCGACAUCUUCAUGAUAGACACCGGCCGAGGGGCGCUGAGGGCCAAGACAUCACUGGACCGUGAGCAACAAGGGACAUACCAGCUGUGGAUUGAGGCCAUUGAUGGUGGGGAGCCUGCACUUUCCUGCAUUACUAUGGUGACCGUGCUGUUGUUGGAUGUAAAUGACAACCCACCUAUUGUUCUCUUCCCUCAGUCCAAUCAGUCUUACAUGUUAGUCCUACCCAAUACACUACCAGGAACAUCUAUCACAGAGGUCUACGCCGUGGAUAAAGAUACAGGCAUGAAUGCUGUGAUCGCCUACAGUAUCAUUAAGAGGAAAGGUGGUGAGCCAGGGUCAUUUGCCAUUGACCCAGAAACAGGAAAUAUCACAUUAAAGAGGGAGCUCAGCAAUCGGGGCCUCUACAGCCUUCUGGUGAAGGUCAGUGAUCAUGGCCAGCCUGAACCACUUUACUCAACAGUCAUGGUCAACUUCUUUGUCAAUGAAACAGUGAGCAACGAGAGCUACAUCCAGAGUCUGCUGACCAGAGAGGCUGACAUUGAGGUAGAGGAGAGGCCCUGGUACAUUGGACAGAUGAGAGAGGGGCCUGAGAGGUAUGAGCUGUUCCCUUGUCAGCCUGUCCUCAUUGCUCUUUCGGUUACUAGUCUGGGGCUGUUCUUCUUGGUCGUUACACUGACAUCUUACAUAUGCUGUAAGAGAUUCAAAAAGCACCGAAAGAAAAGAUCUGAAGUGGAGAUACCUUUAAAAAUGAAGAAUGACUCAAAGCAGGUUGUGAACAGAAAGCUCAGGCAAAUUUCAAACAUCUGAUAUUCAGUUGUCCCCACAUCCAAACCCCCCACUGUUUACAUAAAUGUUUACAAAAUGCACUGUGAGAAGUGUAGUUCUUACAUGAAGUUGCUUGCUCUUCUUGCUUUUGUCAUAUGAUUAUUGUUACUGCAAUAUAUUACAUGCCAUGUGUUUCUAUCUUUAAAAAGAGCACACAGUACCAUUCUCUGUUCUACUUUUUAUAAUAUCUACGAACCAUAACACUCAGAUGUGUGUCAGAAAACCAAAGUAAGGAACAAAUUAGUAUUGGCAUCAAGUAAUAAGAAUUUCAUUACAAAGUUUUAAGAGCAACACAUUAAGAUUACUCAAGCUAAGAUUCUAUGUAAAUACUGUACAAAAUGUUUUACAACUUUAUAUAAAACUUUUGCAUUAUAUGAAAAGGAUGACAGUUCAAGGCACAGCAAAUGUUUCUUCCUUAUUUUUUCAGAAGAUUUACAUCUUUUUACACUACCCUGCGCAAUUACAUGGAACAUCAGGGAAAAGUGAUUUCAGUCUAUUUAUUUACUGAAUAAAUGUUUAGCUGUAUUCAUAAAGUAACCAUACAUUUCAAAAUUCAUUGAUACAGAAAAGGUCAAUCAAAAUGUGUCACUUUAUCAAAGGCAUAGUUAACUUGUUAUAUUUAUAUUAACAAAAAAAAUCUUAACUCAAUGCCCACUUACGAGUUUCUCCAGUGCUUUCAGUUGUGUCUCACAUUCUUCUAUAAAGUGAUAUGCAUUCCAUGAUAUAUAUAUUGAUACAUGACAGAUAUUCUGUUAGAUGAGGUUGAAAGCUGCAGAAAAAGCUAGUAUGUGGACCUUGAGAAGAUUUUUCUUGUCAAAAUCUUGUAUGAUGUCUUGGAGUCAUGGUAAUAGCCAGAUGCCCUACUUACUGUGAAGGCUCACAGUAGUUACAGAUCAUGUAUGUAAAACCUUUGAACGGCAUCUCGGUACAGCAAAGAGUCACAGAUUUCCAUCAGACUGAAUAACUUAAAUUGUGUCCAAACCUCUUUGUCUUCAAAUCGCUUCAAGUUACAAACAUCACCUUCCUUUAUACGA